AUGCCAAGCCCUCCAUUCUUCGACCUGCUGAAUGCAUUGGACUCCUUGAACAACAAAGACAAAUAUUCGAACUUUCAUAUCAUCAAUACCCCCUAUAAGACGCUUUCCGAUGACUGCAGUGUCGCGGCAGAUAUUCUCAUUCCUCGGACUAUUCGGGAUGCUAAUCGAUCAUCUCCGCGACCUGUGAUCAUUCGAAUUCAUGGGGGAUUCUUGGUAACUGGGUCGAGUCUAUAUGCUCCGUGGUUCAACAACUGGAUCCUCGACUAUGCUCUGCAACACGAUGCUAUUAUCAUUUCUCCAAACUACAGACUGCUCCCGGAAGUGUCAGGGAGUGAGAUCCUCGAAGACAUACACGAUCUAUGGAAGUGGGUUGGUGAUGGCUCAGUCGACAAAAUUAUUAAAGACGCUGGGCAUCGGGAACUUGGCCUGAACCUCGACUCGAUUCUUGUGGUUGGGGAGAGUGCAGGUGGGUAUCUGGCAACCCAACUAGCCAUUUCAUAUCCAUAUCAAAUUCGCGCAUUGAUCGCAGCAUAUCCCAUGGUCGACCUGCAAUCGAGAUUCUACACAGAGGCGUUCUCGAAACCCAUAGUCGGCGUUCCUAAUGUCCCCGAGGAGAUGAUCGACAAGCAUCUCGCCAUGAUCGCAGCGACAGGAAAAAGCAGGGUCAUCUGCACUGCAGCGAAUCCUCCCGAUCGGGUAGAACUGGCAUUCUCAAUCGUUCAGAACGGCAGAUUUCUGGAAUUCUUCGGAACCGACAGGUCCCUUUUCCCCAUGGUACGGAUCGAGGAUGAGCUGAAAAGAAACCCCGGGUUUCAACUACCGCCGAUGUUUAUCCUGCAUGGGGAACAAGACUCUGCCGUACCGGUUGACGGAUCGAGGAAGUUUGUUCAAUUCCUGCAAAAGAACAUGCCAGACACGCAGGUGAUUCUGCAUACAGAGGACGGAGAUCAUGGGUUUGACGCGCUGGCAACAUUGGACAUGCCGUGGCUGAAGAGUGCACUGGCGAUGAUUUCGAAGGAGUGGCUAGGGUCGUACAAUUCACAUCUUUGA